AUGGAGAAUGGACAGCAGCAGCCACUUCUCUCCGGCGACAACUGUCCCAAUAACUACACAAUCCUAAGCAGGUUACCGGCGGCGCCCUUGACUUGUCAAGCAGAUGAAGAUGGCGUGCAGAUCAAUGGAGUUGGAGAUUUUUGUAAGGAGUUUUAUGUGGAAUCUAAAAGACUGUGGUAUUUGGCCGGACCAGCCAUCUUCACCUCCCUUUGCCAGUACACCCUCGGCGCCACCACCCAACUCUUCGCUGGACAACUUGGCACCAUCCAACUCGCCGCCGUCUCCGUCGAGAACUCCGUCAUUGGUGGCUUCUCUUUGUCCAUCUUGUGUGGGAUGGGAAGUGCUUUAGAAACACUAUGUGGCCAAGCCUACGGCGCCGGAAAAAUCGAGAUGCUCGGAGUCUACCUGCAAAGAUCAUGGAUAGUCCUUAACACCGCCGCCAUGGUCCUCAUGUUUACUUUCAUAUUCGGCGUCUCAGUCCUCCGCCUGCUCGGCCAGACAACAACUAUAUCAACGGCGGCCGGAAGCUUUGCCGUUUGGAUGAUUCCACAGCUAUUCGCUUACGCCACGGUGAUCCCAAUAGCUAAAUUCUUACAAGCACAAAGCAACAUUAUGCCUAUGGCAGUGAUUUCUGUGGUGGCAGCUCUCAGCCAUGUGUGUUUGACCUGGUUGUUCAUGGUGAAGCUCGGGUGGGGUCUAGCCGGAGCGGCGGUGGUUCUUGAUGGGUCCUGGUGGUUCAUAACCUUGGCUCAGAUCGCCUACGUUAUGUGGGGUUGUUGUGGUGAAGCGUGGUCUGGUUUUUCCUGGAAAGCUUUUCGUAAUCUGAAAGGGUUUCUUCACAUUUCGUUUACCACGGCCGUAAUGUUUUGCUUGGAGACUUGGUACAUGAUGUCGCUGGUUCUUUUUGCGGGGUACUUUGAAAAUCCAGAAACCUCUGUUGAUGCAUUAUCUGUGUGCCUCAACAUAUUAGGAUGGGUGUGCACAAUUUCUUUAGGUCUCAAUAUAGCCGUAAGUGUAAGGGUGUCAAACGAACUCGGGUUCAAAAGACCAAGAACUGCCAGAUUCACGGUGGUAGUCGUAGCCCUAACUUCACUUCUAGUUGGGCUUCUUUGCACUACAAUUCUUAUGGUGUACAAAAAAAGAUACCCUUUGUUUUUCACUAGCAGUCCACAAGUAAUGCAACUUAUAGAAGAACUCACAUCCUUACUUGGAGUCAGUAUAAUCAUCACUAACAUUCGGUUUGCUCUUUCGGGGGUUGCCAUUGGAGCAGGGUGGCAGACCACGGUAGCCUAUAUGAAUUUUGGGUCAUAUUUCUUUUUUGGCAUACCGUUGGGUCUUUUUCUAGGGUUCAUACUCGAUAUGGGUGUCAAGGGAAUAUGGUCUGGAAUGGUUUUGGGAGCAAGCAUGCAAUGUUUCCUCUUGCUUAUGAUGGUUUCUCGAACUAAUUGGAAUGAUGAGGCAAACAUUGCAGGAGAUAGAAUCAUACAUUGGGGUGGUGACAUUCUUAACAAAGACCAUGACGAAGAAAGAUCGAAAGAGCAAUUCAAAGGCCAUCAUGACAAAUGA